AUGCAUUGUGGGCCUCCCGACAUGGUCUGCGAGACGAAGAUCGUGGCCGCCGAGGACCAUGAGGCGCUGCCGGGGGCCCAGAAGGACGCGCUGCUCGCCGCCGCCGGCGCCAUGUGGCCCCCGCUGCCCGCCGCGCCCGGGCCGGCCGCCGCGCCCGCCGCGCCCCCGCCCAGUCCCCAGCCCCGCGGCGGUGCGGGGGGCGCGGGGCCGCCGGCGCAGCGCGGCGUGUGCAUCCGCGAGUUCCGCGCGGCCGAGCAGGAGGCGGCGCGCCGCAUCUUCUACGACGGCAUCCUGGAGCGCAUCCCCAACACGGCCUUCCGCGGCCUGCGGCAGCACCCGCGCGCGCAGCUGCUCUACGCCCUGCUGGCCGCGCUGUGCUUCGCCGUGACCCGCUCGCCGCUGCUCACCUGCCUGCUGCCGGCCGCGCUGCUGGGCCUGCGCUACUACUACAGCCGCAAGGUCAUCCUCGCCUACCUCGAGUGCGCGCUGCACACGGACAUGGCCGACAUCGAGCAGUACUACAUGAAGCCUCCUGGCUCCUGCUUCUGGGUGGCCGUGCUGGAUGGCAAUGUGGUGGGCAUCGUGGCGGCGCGGGCCCACGAGGAGGACAACACGGUGGAGCUGCUGCGCAUGUCCGUGGACUCGCGCUUCCGCGGCAAGGGCAUUGCCAAGGCACUGGGCCGGAAGGUGCUGGAGUUUGCCCUGGUGCACAACUACUCUGCGGUGGUGUUGGGCACGACGGCCGUCAAGGUGGCUGCCCACAAGCUCUACGAGUCACUGGGCUUCAGACACAUGGGUGCCAGUGACCACUAUGUGCUACCUGGCAUGACCCUCUCGCUGGCCGAGCGCCUCUUCUUCCAGGUCCGCUACCACCGCUAUCGCCUGCAGCUGCGCGAGGAGUGA